AUGGGCUUCUUUGAGUUCAGCAAGGGUGUUGAAGGUGCCAGUACGCAUAAGUCUUCGGUGGAGGUCCGGUUCGACCUGAACGGCGAUCACGUGUUGGACUUCGAGGAGCUGAAGCGUAUGAUGGAGAUCCUGGGACCGCAGACUCACCUGGCGCUCAAGGAGAUGAUCCGACAGGUGGACGAGGACUUCGACGGCACCAUCAACUUCAGGGAGUUCCUGCUGAUCUUCAAGAAGGCACGUGACGGCGAACUGAGUACGGACGGCGGCCUCAGCGCACUGGCGCGGCUCACCAGCAUCGACGUGGAGAAGGCUGGCGUUGGGGGCGCCAAGAGCUUCUUCGAAGCCAAGGCGAUGGAGCUGAAUCGCGGCAACCGGUUCGAGGAGGAUCAGCAGGAGCAGCUGCGAAAGAUCGAAGAGGAGGAGCGAAAGAAGCGCCAGGCUGCGUUUAUGGAGAAGGCGAACUUCUUCAAGAACGCCGCCGCCACGUAGGGUGCGCCACAGCACAGCACGCCCACGCUGCGGCCAUCCACGUCGUCGCCAGUCGGCACCUCCUCCUCUCUCGCUGUUACACCGCUUUC